GCAAACCAACACCUCAGAGCAUAACAGAAACCUGUCCCGAUUCAAUGUAACAAAAUCUCCCCUUUUUAUGUUACAAGUAAAAUACCAUAUUCUUGAAUCAUACAAACAACAUUGGAUCAAACAAAACAACAACCAUGGUUAAUCUAGAAACAGAGCCAAGUUCACCAUUUAUUCAAUCCCAAGAACACAGACCAAAAUCUUCAAUAAUCAUUGCUGAAGGUAUCCCUCUAAUUGAUCUCACUCCCAUAAACUACAAAGAUGAAAUCAUCACCAACUCACUUUCCAUUGAAGGUUUAGUCAAAGAAAUAGGUAAAGCAUGUAAAGAGUGGGGUUUCUUUCAAGUGAUUAAUCAUAAAGUGCCUUUGGAUAAACGUGAGAGGAUUGAAGAAUGUUCAAGGAAGUUUUUUGGACUUAGUUUGGAGGAAAAGGUUGAGGUUAGAAGAGAUGAAGUUAAUUUGCUUGGGUAUUUUGAAGCAGAGCAUACAAAAAAUGUUAGGGAUUGGAAGGAAAUUUAUGAUUUUAAUGUGCAACAACCAACUUUUAUACCACCUUCUGAUGAUGAGCAAAGUUUUCAGUUUCAAUGGGAAAAUCGAUGGCCUCAUAAUCCUCCUGAUUUCAGGGAAGCAUGCCAAGAAUAUGCAGAUGAAGUGGAGAAACUAGCUUAUAAAUUGAUGGAACUUAUUGCAAUGAGUUUAGGUUUAGUACCAAGUAGGUUCCGUGAUUUCUUCAUACAUAACACAAGCAAUAUAAGACUAAAUCAUUAUCCACCUUGCCCUUAUCCUCAUCUUGCUCUUGGUCUUGGACGUCACAAAGACACUGGUGUCUUAACUGUGCUUGCUCAAGAUGAUGUUGGUGGUUUACAAGUUAAGAGAAAAUCAGAUGGAGAAUGGAUUCAAGUUAAGCCUAUUUUUAAUUCCUUCAUCAUUAAUGUUGGUGAUAUGAUUCAGGUUUGGAGCAAUGAUGCUUAUGAGAGUGUAGAGCACAGAGUUAUGGUGAACUCUGAGAAGGAUAGAUUUUCCAUUCCGUUCUUUUUGAAACCGGCACUCUACACUGAUGUCGAGCCCUUGGCAGAGUUGACAAACGAUAGGAAUCCUCCGAAAUAUUCACCAAUCAACUGGGGCAAGUUCCGCACUGCAAGAAUGAAAAGUAAUUUUGCUAAAUCUAAUGUUGAUAACCUUCAAAUUUAUCAUUUCAAGCUUUCCCAGUGACCAAAAUAGAGUUUAUGUACCAUAGAAAGUUAGAAACUACAAAAAUGUAAGCUAAGUUUUUUUAUAUAUUAUAAUAAGACGAGAGCUUUUUUGAAAGGAAUAAUAAGAGUAUUGUUAAGAAGUAUCAUACCGAAUGUGAAUUGGUGUGAACAAAAAGUUUAUACUUAAGAGACAAUUCUCAUCUUAUAAUUGGUCUCAAACUGGAAGAAAAUGUAGCAUAAGUGAGAAAUACUUGGUUAGACACAACACCAAAUAUUAUAUGUUAGGUAUAUGAAAGGAAAAAAA